AACGCUGAAGUACUGCAGCUGUUACAGGCCAUGAAAAAAACAAGCAUCCCUGUUUGGAUCGUGACUCCUCUCACUUCUCUGCGGUGAGGACUGAAGUGAGGUUCACCCAAGCCGUGUGGCUACGCUCAGGUGAAAAGAAAACAAAUGCUUUGUUUCAUCUGAACUCCGGGUGAAGUAAUCUGUUUGUGGCAAAUCAAGUUCAAGACCAGAAGAAAUCGCUUGACAGUCAGUGACAGUUGAAACCAACUGCAUUUAGUAGAAGUUUACCGUAAAUCGAGGAACUAGUGAAGCAGAUUCAUCACAUCUGUUUUGAAAUUUGGGUUCGUGCUGGCUUGUUUGUUUUGAACUUUUUUGCCAAAUUGUCAGUAGAGAGAAAGUUUUGUUGACAGUGAUUUUCUGUGAACCCGAAAACUUGCGUUUUGUUUACUUCGACGGAAUAAAUGUCCAUGAUUUAUCAUAGAUGAAAACUUUGAUUGUUAAGUUUAGUGUAAAUUUUAUGUUGUUUCGUUUUUUUUGCAUUUAAAAAACUGCAUUUAAAAAAAAUAAUUGAUAGAAUCUAAAGAAAAGCUUUUUUUUUUAAUUUGUCCUGCUAUAUAUCAGUAAUUUCGUUAAAUUAAAAAAAUAUAUAUGUAUAUAUUGUUCAGAAUAUCAAAUUUCAGUCCUCAAUGUUUCGCUUGAAAUUAUUUUGAUGACUGAUUGAAAUGAAUUUUCUUUAUUUUUUGUCAGUAAGAAUGAUGGAAAAUUAAUUGCUUUUCAAUUAAGAAAAUGCUUAACUGACAAUUUUUACAUCAUUUGCAUGGAAGAAUAUAUAUUAUUAAAGAAGAGUGAAAUUGAAACAUCUUUCACUUAUAUUCAAGAAGAACUAAUAUUAUGUUUGAAAACACAUUCAUCAUGUCAAUUGAUAAUAGUUUCUGACUAAUAUGGGAUUGAAUUUGUGAAUUAUAGACUUUAAGAGCAUCUGUCAAAAGUUCAGACAAAUAGACUCUGAAAAUAGGCUUUUAAAAUUCUUUAGCGAAGAAACUUUGCUAUCACUACAUUGCGUUUUCUGAAGAAAAAGGAAUGAAAAUGUGUGUUUUUAAAGGAAAUAAAGUAUAUGUUUCCAAUUAUUGCUUAAUUUUUGCAAUCAUUGUUAUGCUCAAUUAUUUUUAUAAUGUGAAUGGAUAUCAUCAUGAAGUUUUGGACCAUAACAAUCGCUUUCAUUUAUUUUGGAAAGUUGAUAACAAAAAUGAAAAAGUAAUAUUCAGAAUAGAAGUUGAAGCAAAAGGCUAUGUCGCCUUAGGACUGUCUCCAAAUGGCGGAAUGCCGGGAAGUGACAUUGCUAUUGGAUGGGUCAAAAACGGCAAAGUCUAUCUUCAAGAUCGUCAUGCUUAUAAAAAUGCAAUGCCAGUACUGGAUGAUCAACAAGAUUGGCAACUCUUGCAUGGUUAUGAAAACGACACUCAUACUGUUCUUCAAUUUAGUAGGAAAAUUGAUACUUGUGACGAGCAAGAUUUAGCUAUAACGAAUGACACAAUCCGAGUAAUUUAUGCCUUUCACGAUGCCGAUUACUUAUCGGAUGAAAUGUUCCUUUAUCACGGGAAGGAGAGGAGAGGAGCGAAAAGUCUUAUUCUUCUCCAGCCUGUCACCAAAAAAAAUCAAUUGCCGAACGAUGUCAAGAUCUGGAAUAUACGACUACCAAAUAUAACUAUUCCUGAUGACACGGAUACUACUUAUUGGUGCAAAAUCGUAAAGGCGCCACCCUUAAACAAAAAACACCAUGUUAUUCAGGUGGAGCCCCUAGUCUCCGAACAAAGUUUAAAGUAUGUUCAUCACAUGGUGCUAUAUCGAUGUCUGGGAGCUACAGCUAGAGAACUGGAACCUCAUGUACAUCAUACAGGCCAGCCUUGCUAUGCCCCUGACACACCACAUACUUAUAUGAAAUGUGAAAGUGUUUAUGCAGCUUGGGGAAUAGGCGGAUUGGCUGUAGUUAUGCCAGAACGAGCUGGAUUGCCACUUGGAGACAAACCUAAUCUCUAUUUUCUUUUGGAAGUUCAUUACGAUAACAGCGAAUAUCAUUCAGGAUUUGUUGAUCAAUCAGGAUUUAAAGUUUAUUACACUCCAAAUUUGCGUCGAUAUGAUGCUAUGACUCUCAUGAUUGGAGCCUCCGUAGAUCCUUGCAUAGUAAUUCCGCCAGGUCGACGGAAAUUUACCAUAGCUGGGCAUGCAGACCCUCGUUGUCUUGGGCCGGCAAUACCUCCUGAAGGAAUAAGAAUCUUUGCAGUCUUCUUACAUUCCCAUCUUCUUGGUCGUCAAAUGAAGUUGCGACAUUUUCGUAACAAUAUCGAGUUGCCAUUCAUUGCAUCGGAUCAACACUACGAUUUUAAUUAUCAAGAUUACAGAUAUUUACCUCAGGAAGUCAUUGUUAAACCUGGUGAUCAUCUAACAGUCGAAUGCACUUACGACUCAACAGGAAGGAAUAUUACAACGUUUGGUGGCCUUGGAACUUUACAAGAGAUGUGCCUCGCUUUCAUUCUUUAUUAUCCAAGAAUAGCUAGAGCAAGAGCAUUUAGCAGUGCGACGUGCGAUUUAGUUAAAAGUUUGGCUGGUAUGGACACAAGAAACUCAAAUGCAGACGAUGAUAAUUCCAAUUUUACAUUUUACCAACACUUUCACACAAAUAACCCUUGGGAUACUUAUUAUUCGGGUAUUGCAGAAGCAGCAAUGAGAUUCGGGUAUCAUUCGUCGCAAUGCUAUCUUGGUGACGGAAGAAGAGUGCAGAUAUCUGGUCUAAUAACAUAUCCUAGAAAUAUUCGACCGUAUAUAGAACCAGCAAGAUGCACAUACAUUGAACCAUCGAGAUCUCAAGAACAAUGGAAGGACAAUUUUCUGUACACUACUUACUCUUCAACAGCAACAAUGACUUCAGUGCACCAGCUUAUUAUCAUUGCGUGUUAUUUUCUUUUAAAACUCUCAAUAACAUUCUCUUAACCAAAAAUGCUUGAAAAAUACCUGUCAUCUUUGAAUGCCUGUGCCGCUCUGAAUUAGAUUACAUAUCCACUACUUGCAAUACAAGAACCUAAUUUCAAGCGACACGAAAUAUUUUGAUCAAUUUAAUUCCAAAUUAUAUUAAUGUAGAUUUAUAAUACAGGGUAACCUAAUUAGAAAUAUUGUAAGAUCGCUUUAUUUAUUACAACGCACAUUUUUAUACUUAAAACUUUUA